AUGGGGGCUUACCACUGCCUACCACUAUUCAUCUGGACCUGCGUGUUUCACACGGUUGAUUCCAUCCCAUUACAAGAAAAAGUUAGUGGUGAUUUUCCAAACAAAAGGAUAGUGGGUCUGACAAAAGACGAUGGUAAAAUGCUGCAUCGUACCAAGCGUGGCUGGAUGUGGAACCAGUUCUUCUUGUUGGAGGAGUACACAGGUACAGACACACAAUAUGUAGGCAAGCUUCACACUGACCAAGACAAAGGAGAUGGAAAUUUAAAAUACAUAUUGACAGGAGAUGGGGCCGGCAGUCUGUUUGUUAUAGAUGAAAACACAGGAGAUAUUCAUGCUGCAAAGAAAUUAGACAGAGAAGAAAAAUCCCUGUACAUUCUUCGUGCCAAGGCAAUAGACAGAAAGACCGGGCGGCAGGUGGAACCCGAAUCUGAAUUUAUCAUUAAAAUUCAUGAUAUCAAUGACAAUGAACCAAAAUUCACAAAAGAGUUAUACACUGCCAGUGUUCCUGAAAUGUCUGGAGUCGGUACGUCCGUUAUACAAGUGACUGCAACAGAUGCGGAUGAUGCCAACUAUGGAAAUAGUGCCAAAGUAGUCUAUAGCAUAUUGCAAGGGCAGCCAUAUUUUUCAGUGGACCCGGAAUCAGGCAUAAUAAAAACUGCAUUACCAGACAUGAGCAGAGAAAAUAGAGAACAGUACCAAGUGGUUAUACAAGCCAAGGACAUGGGCGGCCAGAUGGGAGGCCUUUCUGGAACCACCACAGUGAACAUCACUCUGACGGAUGUCAACAACAAUCCUCCUCGAUUUCCCCAGAGUACGUAUCAAUUUAAUUCCCCUGAGUCUGUACCUCUUGGAACCCAUCUUGGAAGGAUAAAAGCCAAUGACCCUGACCUGGGGGAAAAUGCUGAGAUAGACUACAGCAUUGCCGAAGGAGACGGAGCGGACGUGUUCGAUGUCAUCACUGACAAGGAUACACAGGAAGGGAUUAUAACUGUCAAACAGAAUUUAGAUUUUGAAAACAAAAUGCUGUACACUUUAAGAGUGGACGCAAGUAACACUCAUCCUGAUCCACGAUUCCUACACCUGGGACCUUUCAAAGACACAGCUGUGGUCAAAAUAUCCGUGGAAGAUAUAGAUGAGCCUCCCGUGUUCAGUAAAAUUUCUUACUUGAUAGAAGUGGAUGAAGAUGUAAAGGAGGGCAGCAUCAUAGGACAGGUUACAGCCUACGACCCGGACGCCAUGAGCAAUUUAAUAAAAUACUCUGUUGAUCGGCAUACUGAUAUGGACAGGAUUUUUAGUAUCCACUCCGAAAAUGGCUCUAUUUUCACUUUGAAGACCCUUGACCGGGAAUCAUCUCCUUGGCACAACAUCACCAUUACAGCCACAGAAAUAAAUAACUCAAAACAAAGUAGCCAGGUCCCUGUCUUCAUCAGAAUUCUGGAUAUCAAUGACCAUGCUCCAGAAUUUGCCAUGUACUAUGAAACAUUUGUUUGUGAAAAUGCAAAAGCUGGUCAGUUGAUUCAGACUGUCAGUGUCAUGGACAAGGACGAUCCUCCCCGAGGCCACAAAUUCUUCUUUGAGCCAGUGCCAGAAUUUCCCCUCAACCCUAACUUCACCAUUGUAGACAAUAAAGAUAAUACAGCAGGAAUCAUGACUCGAAAAGACGGAUAUAGCCGCAACAAAAUGAGCACCUAUCUACUGCCCAUUUUAAUCUUUGACAACGAUUAUCCAAUUCAAAGCAGCACCGGCACGCUCACUAUUCGUGUGUGUGCCUGCGACAGUGAGGGAAACAUGCAGUCCUGCAGCGCAGAGGCCUUGGUCCUCACGGCUGGCCUGAGCACAGGAGCUCUCAUCGCCAUCCUCCUCUGUGUCAUCAUUCUUCUCGUUUUAGUUGUGCUGUUUGCUGCACUGAAGCGACAAAGGAAAAAGGAACCUCUGAUCAUUUCAAAAGACGAUGUCCGCGACAACAUCGUGACCUACAAUGAUGAAGGCGGUGGGGAAGAAGACACCCAAGCUUUUGACAUUGGCACAUUAAGGAAUCCAGAAGCAAGAGAAGACAGUAAACUUAGAAGGGAUGUAAUGCCUGAAACUAUUUUUCAGAUAAGGAGGACUGUGCCUCUGUGGGAAAAUAUUGAUGUACAAGAAUUUAUCCAUCGAAGAUUAAAAGAAAAUGACUCAGACCCAAGUGCACCUCCUUAUGAUUCACUGGCAACAUAUGCCUAUGAAGGGAAUGAUUCCAUAGCAGAUUCGCUCAGUUCUUUAGAAUCUCUCACAGCAGAUGGUAACCAAGAUUACGAUUACCUCAGCGACUGGGGGCCGCGUUUUAAAAAACUUGCUGAUAUGUAUGGGGGUGACGACAGUGACCGAGAUUAG